CCAACCCCCAGCCGGCAGCCGCCGAGCAAACCAGCUCAUCCGGUCGGUCAUCCACUCAUCCUCAUCCCCUGCUCAUCCGCCGAGCACCACCAGGCAGCAGGCUCCAGUCAUCGAGCACCAGCAGGAGCACGGCGCGCUGCCCAGUAGGAGCACGGCCAAGAGGAUGACGCCCGCAUCCUGCCUCUUCUCCUCUGCUACUGGAGCCUCUACUGCUAGGAGCACGGCUAGGAGGACAACACCCGCAUCCAGCAGGAGCACCAGCAGGAGGAGGACGCCCAUGCUGCUGCCGUUGAGCGAUGAUCUGAUGCGCCCCCAUCAUGGCUCUUCUCCUCCCUCACGGCCUCGCCUCGAUCUGCUGCUGCCGGUGAUCUGCUGCUGCCGGAUCCGAGCGCCGUGCCCACGGGUCACGGCCAGCGAUAUGCAGGGAUCAAGAAUCCAACUUUGAGAAAAAUUGCUCGAGAUGUAAAUGGCGCCGCCGGAGUACCAGCAGUACCUCGUGCAGGUGACCAAGUACCAGGCCGCACAGAACUGCAAGGUACGUAUGCACACAUGGUUACAUUUACUAUAGAACUGGAAUUAUAUUUUGAUGCAAAGGCUGCCAGGUCAUGGUGAUUUCACGUCCGUUAGGCUCGAGAGGUGGACUCAAACAUGACAUCCAAGUUUUGCAAGUUUUGAUGUUGGAUGUUAAAUUUCUAUGCUCACCCCUCGUUUGGUUAUUGAUGUACUAUUUCCAUCUCAUGUCACAAAUUUGGCAUAAGGAAUGGGUAUUGGUGGCUACUGACUGUGUUUGUUUCCACGUAUUAUACAUGUACAAUGGAACAGUUGAUAAUAGUUUUGCAUGAACUAUUGGUGUUGGCUAUCUAAAGGACAGAAAGGCAGACAUGAGCAACAGAUCCCGCUCCAUGGGCUGAAACUGGGAUUCGUGAUGGUCAGCUAAGCAUACCUUCGCCUUCAAAUUUGCGUAGCUUCGUUUUUAUUCUGCAAGUUGUUUGGUCUAUCGUUCAAAUGCCUUAUUAUUCUGCGAGCUGUUUUAAGACUGGGCCUCAAUUUUUUUCCAGGCAGAAAGUGCUACUGUCGCUCUCAAUUGUAGCGGUGUGGUACUGGGAUCCUUGCCAAUAAGUGUGUUUUUAGGGUGAGCCCGUCCAAGAUGCCCAUGCGUCCCCGCGCCCCUCGCCAGCUGAUGUCGUACUAGGCUAGGGGAUUGAAGAAGCACUUGAAGAGGCUCAAUGCGCCCAAGCAUUGGAUGCUCGACAAGCUUGGCGGAGCUUUUUUCAUGCUCUGCAAGGUGAGGUCUGUUCAGUUUGGCCAGAAAGGUAUCCCCUACCUGAACACCUACGAUGAUCGCACCAUCCGCUACCCCGACCCGCUCAUCAAGGCCAACGACACCAUCAAGAUCGAUCUAGAGACCAACAAGAUCAUGGACUUCAUCAAGUUUGACGUCGGCAACGUGGUCAUGGUGACCGGCGGGAGGAACACCGGGCGUGUAGGAGUGAUCAAGAACAGGGAGAAGCACAAGGGCAGCUUCGAGACCAUCCACGUGCUGCUUGGAGCUUUUUGCUAUGUCUAGUUUUUUCCUAUUUGUUGUACAAGAAAACAUAAAAUGGAAUUCAACUUUGGUGGCCGCAAAAGUUUAGAGACUUGAUUUCAUAUAAAGUUAGGCUGAACAUUACUGCAAACAGUUGUAUUUUAGUUUAGAUUUAGAGUACACUUAUGUAUGUGUUGUUUGACAAUGCUUAUUUAUGAUAUAUUGAAUGGUACUUAUUUAUAUUAUAUU